AUGGCGACACAAGAAACCACCCCCAUUUCCGACGAACGAUUCUGGGUUCCCGAAUACUUCUCUAUCCUCGAGCACCUCUGGAUUUCUAUCCUCAAGCACCUCUUCCGGGGUUCCUUCACGAGAAGGCAGGCCCCGCGCCCGGUAGAAAAGCCUACGCCCCCAACAGCGGCAGCACAGUCGCCUCACGCCCUCGCGAUCAAGUCGACGGAGCGCGACCACGUGAACUUGAAUCAUUUUCUGCUCAGCGCUACGCCCGAGCGGGAAAUCGUGUCCGAACUCUCCUCGAUCCGGAACCUUUUGGAGGCUCACGUGGAGGAACACUACCAUCUUCAGCCGGUCCGGUGCGAUGUGGCCCUUCUCACCAACGCGGUCUCGAACCUUGGUCUGGGGAGGCAGGGGAGUCUGUCUCCGGCGGAGGCUACUUCUCUCGCGCUGAACCCGCAGACGCGCUACGCGACACUUCGCCAUAUCCUCUCCGAGGUCAUCUUCAGCAGUGCAAGCCUCCACGGACAAUGCCCCAUAUCAAUUCUACCUGCCCCCAUGGCCAUGUUCGCUCAGUCCAUCCCGCCUGUCGAAUCAAAAUUGGGCAAUGCGGAGGGCCGCCUCCAGCAGGUUGAACACCUGAAGGCCGUAAUCUUGGAGAUCGCUAAGCUAGGCUAUAUUAUACUAUCACAGCCCUCCGAGUGGGAGUUUAGUCAUAGGGAAGAUCUUCGCGGCCAAGGGACCUUCGUCUUCUCUCCCGGCCUCGCAAAGACCCGCGAUAGGGAAGGGAGAGCAUACCAGCCCCUAAGAACGUCGCGGAUGCCGUUGUAG